UCACAUGAUCUCCAUAUUUGCUCCAUGAAAAUCUCUCACUGUCGCUCCUUCAAUCUAGCUUUUUUCUCUCCUCCCCCAAUUCUUUCACACAGACCUCUCUCUCUCUAACUCCAUCUCUCAUUCCUUCGAAGCAUUCAAUGGCGGCUCUUCCAUUCUUCACUAUUUCAACCGCCUUUUUCAGGUUGUAGUUCGAAACAUAGGAGGUAUGGUUUCUCCGCCGACGGGGGAGCCAGGACAGGUAAAGCGCGCGGUGAUCGAUUCGUCGGCUGGUGCAAUUGCUGGCUGUGUAUCUCGGACGGUCACGUCUCCUCUCGACGUGAUUAAGAUCAGGUUUCAGGUUCAACUGGAGCCGACAACUAAAUGGGCUUUGGUUCAGAGAAGUUUGUCCGGACCAUCAAAGUACACUGGCAUGCUCCAAGCAACAAGGGAUAUUUUCAGGGAGGAAGGCUUACCGGGUUUUUGGCGUGGUAAUGUUCCUGCUCUGCUCAUGGUUAUGCCAUAUACAGCUAUACAGUUUACUGUGUUGCAUAGACUGAAAACAUAUGCUGCUGGUUCUUCUAAGACAGAGGCCCACUCACAGUUGAGCCCUUAUCUUUCAUAUAUCAGUGGGGCACUAGCGGGGUGUGCAGCAACCGUUGGAUCAUAUCCGUUUGAUCUUCUUCGAACUAUACUGGCUUCACAGGGUGAGCCUAAGAUAUAUCCAACCAUGAGGUCUGCCUUAAUUGAUAUAAUUCGAACCCGGGGGUUUCGAGGAUUAUACGCUGGAUUGUCACCAACACUUGUUGAGAUUGUUCCUUACGCGGGUCUACAAUUCGGCACCUACGAUACAUUCAAGCGAUGGACUACAGUAUGGAACCACCGCCGCUACCCCAAUUCUGGACGAGCUAAAACGGAAGAUGGGCUCUCAAGUUUUCAACUUUUUCUUUGUGGGUUAGCUGCUGGCACAUGUGCAAAACUUGUUUGCCAUCCACUUGAUGUGGUUAAAAAAAGAUUCCAGAUCGAAGGGCUACAAAGGCACCCUAGAUAUGGAGCCAGAGUGGAACAGGCUUAUAGAAACAUGUUCGACGGCUUGCGGCGAAUUUUGAAAACCGAAGGCGCUGCAGGACUCUAUAAAGGCAUAAUCCCCUCAACAGUAAAAGCAGCCCCGGCUGGCGCUGUCACGUUUGUGGCUUACGAGAUUACAUCAGAUUGGCUCGAAUCUAUUUUGACUUGAUUCUAACAUUGUUGAUUUUGCAUUUUUUUUCGUAUCUAAUUCUUUCCUGUAGGUUCAACAAUAGGAUGCCCCCAUACGAAAAGGGCUGUUCUUUUUCUUUUUUUCUUUUUUACAUCCUUUAUAGAUUGGAUUGGAGUACAAUGUAGAGAUGACAGUGCUUUUAAGGUAGAUAGCAAUUUUGCCAAAAAGCACAAAAUAAACCUCAAGGUUUAUCCUCAUUAAUUAUGAA